CAAGACCAACACAUUUACACUUCCUUGUAUUCUACAGUUUUCAGCACUGUGGAGUAAUUACAUUCAUCGUACUGGGAGAGUUAUUUCAACACUUACAUAUUAUUGCUAAGCUAAAAAGGUGGACAGAAGAUACUCCUGGGAUCCGUAGGUGAUGGGACAAUAGGAUUUCCUGUCCAACCUCAACUAUGACAGGUCAAUUGGAUUAUGAAUGCUCUCUGUGUGAAGAAACAAGCGUUGUCAAACCAUGCUGAUCUUCAAGAGAAUGGUGUUUGUUUCUUUGCUGGAUAGUUUACAGUGGAUUAGUUGUAACAAUAUCUCAUCCCCCAGUACCAGUUCUAAAACCAGUGGCAUCACACUUAAAUCUGUAAGUGAAUCAGCUGAGACUGUAGCUACCAGCAAAAUGUCACCAAUAGUCACAAGUGCAGUAACAGAAUAUGAUACUCAAAACAAUAGGAUAACUUCUCUUUCCACACUAAGUAAAACUGCACAGAAGUUUUCAACGGAAGAUACUGCUCAAUCUUUUACAUCCAGUAACGAAAUACCGUUUUCUUCAGAGAUUACCACAACCAACUUGAUGACAAUAUCUGAAAGCUAUGCCGAUGCAACGUAUGUCAAACAAUCAGAAACAGCAUCAAAUAGCUUCAGCACAGCCACCUAUGAUAUUAGUGGUACUACAAUGGCCUUCACCAGUGACAUUCAAACAAACAAUGUGACAACUACUUCCAAUUAUACUACAUCAGCCGAUACUACAUCAGCCAAAGCAGUCUUAACGACAAAUGUACAAACCACAAGCCGGAAUUCCAGUAUUCUUCACAGCUCUGCAGAAGUUCAUGAAUCCACAAAAGAGAAUCCCAGCAAUGGGGGAGUAAUAUUUGGUGCCAUUGUAGGAGCUGUGCUUGGAUGUGCAUUAAUUGGUUUGGUUGGUUACUUCAUGUGUGCAAAGAGAAAAUUUCAAGGAUUUGUCCAUCAAAGACUUUAUGAUGACAUGACAAAUGAUCCAGUUCUGCGAUUGGACAAUGUACCAGAGUCUUAUGGUGCGAGCACUGCAGAUUUGUCAUACUACAAUCCCACAAUGGCCAAUGAGACGACACCGCAAAACAGCAACACCCCCUAUGAUGCUAUUUCAAUGGAUGACAUGACUUCAUCACCACACUUACCAUAAAACUAUAGAAACUGAUGACAGUUUUUAAAACUCAACUUGGUCCUUUUUCAAAAAAAUUGUUGAAUACUGGUUUGGUUAUUUUUUCAGUGGUGUAAAUCCUGGGCUUUUGGACAGUGUGUGAGAAGCAAUGCAUAGCUUACAAAUUCACUUAUCUACUAUCACUUUUUGGUUAAAUUAUGCUAUGGAUAAUGUACACAUGGAAGUCACCCGGUUAUUCAGCAUUUGUUGAUUCAUGGAUGAACAUAUGAAUUCACUGUUUGAAAAAGUAUUGUUGUAUCCUACCACAGGAGGAGUGAUUUCACCAGUGGUGAGAUUCAAAUAAUUUAACAACCAGUUCUGGUGGUGGGACUCAAAUAAUUUAACAACUGGUUGUUUACAAGCACCAUUUUAACAACUGGUUCUGCUGAAAUGGUGCGAACCUGCUGAAUUCCAUCACUGGAUUUCACCCAUUUUUCCUCCUCUCCACGGUCACCCCCAAACUAACCCUAACCCUAACCCCCAACCCUAUACAUGGGAAUCCUCUUUCUCCUAUUUUGGCAAUGAGAGGAGGCUGUUGGUGAAGAUGCAGAAUUACAUCUUAGGUGAUAUAAAGUGAUAUGAGACUUCUGUGUUUUUGUUCUGUAUCUGCUCAUUUACAUCCACAAGGCACCCUGUCUUGUGUGUACUCAUCAGAUUAUGAGCAUACAUAUAUGACCCAGUCAAAGUCUAGUCUUUCUUCACCUGAAUCAUAAAUUUUCUCAAAAUAUUUUUAUGGAAUUCACUGUCACAAGACGGAUGGCUAUUUACACAGAUGUUUUUAUAAAUGUGCAUAUAACUUAAAAAUCACAGAGAAUAGAACUUUUGGUGGUUGUUAUGAAGGCUUAAUGUAUAUUUCAUGUUCAGAGGAAGUACGCUUCUCAGUAUCAGAUGCUACAUAAAGAAGACAGGAUGGUCAUCACUAUUAUGCCCUUUUUGUGCAUAUCAAAAUUUUACUGAUUAAAAACAGACUGCUGGAAUAGAUUGCUGCUGGUUCUAUCUAGAAAGCAAUUAUUUUGUUUUUGUUUUAAAUCAGUAACAGCAAAUACAAAUAGGAAAACUUCAAGACUUUUAAAUGCCCAAUUAAUCCAUACACUUUCAAAGAUUCUCUUUUCCUUUUCCACAAGCUCCUAUAUCUUUAUCAACAGAUAUCCCAUAUUGACACAUAGUUAUUCUCCCUGAAACAAUUAAUUUAUUUGAUACAAAUAUCAGAAUUGAUUUUAAAUCAUAUUUGUAAAUUUGCACUAAGUAUUUCUUCAUUUCUUAUCAGUAAUUGAAAACUUUACAUUAAAAUAGUAUAAAUAAAUAGUUUCAAAAUCUUCGCUUCCAUAUCUACACAUUCAAAUCUUUAGAAAUUCUCACAGUCCCAUCAAGGAAGGGGAAAAUCCAUUGGUGGAGGUGGCGUCGGCCUAGCUCAGCAGAUUUGACCUCUCUGGGGCAUUUUCCCACGCAGAAGGCUGGUAGAUGGCUGCUGCAGCCCACUGAAACAGCCAGAUGUGGCAGCACGUACUCACUAAUGCUCCUGCACUCCCUGCUGACACCACCAUUGUGGAGCCAAUUUAGAUUCCUCCCUGCUUCAUUGCUGGAAAUGCUAGUGCCUCCCUACUAGACUUAUGCCACCUUUUCAGUGGUGUAAGUUUAUGGGAGUCCUAUGGGGGCUUUCUGGCAGUGGGGGAUUUGUUUGCCUUUUGUUCUGCUCAUGCCAGCAGAAAACCCUCCUGGGAAUUGUGGGGCAGCUUGGCUACCGCACCAUGCAGUAUUUCUAUCAGUAACAGGUGUAAAAAAAGUAUAGAAAACUUACCCCAUAUAGCCAUAAAAAUAGCAAAAAAGACAGUCCCUCCAUUAUCAAAUAAGUGUGUGACCUUAGGAAUCAAAUAAAACAUAGACAAUAUUGGAGUUUAUUAGCUGAAGCAAAUUCCCCGUUUGACAUAAUUUGACAAAAUUCAUAAUUAAAGAAUGGAAAAAUACUGAAAGUGGCUUAAUAAAACUGAUCAGCACAAAAGUCCACAAAAAGUCCAGAUAGAAUAUACAAAUUCCAUUUGGCAACUCCAUCAGAAAUAUCAGGGAUAUACCCUUCUAUGAUGUUUUCCUUCACAGAACGUUUCUACUUAUGGAACAGAAUUAGAUGGCAGAAUGACUUAUUAUGUCAGACUAAAGUGGUUUGUGGGGUACAAUUUUAAAUUUCCCCUCCUUGAGUUAAAAACUCUCUCUGAAAGUGGAGAACAAAAUAUACACAUUUCACUAACCAUUUGAAGUAGUUUAGUUUACCACUGCAGGGUUAAACUAAUGUAUUCUGCUACUUGUAGAGGAUAGGCCACAGCCUAUAUCAAGUUCUUGCAAGUUGGUGCAGAAUAAAACCAAACAAAGAGAUAAUCCGAGAAUGUUUUUGUUGCACUCAAGUAGAACAGAAGAGUGGCAGUCAAUGAUGUACCACAUUUGAAGACUCUCUGUAGUGACUCUCCUAGUUUCAAAUAGUUUAGUUUCAAAAUCUUUUCUCCCAUAUCUACUCAUUCAAAUUUUCAGAGUUUCUCACCCUCUUUCAAUUUAUAAGAGAUGCCAUCUCAUGCUUCUUGAAAAUAUCAUGUCAAAAUUUCAUGUGAGUCAACCUCUUUGUGCUAGCCACAGCUGAUACAACUUUUUAGACAAAAUAAGAAUUGCAGUUUAUUUGCUGUACACUUAACACCUAGCACAUUUACAUAUGAAGGUUUCAUCACCAAGAUCUAACUAUUCUGUUAUGGUAAAUCUGUAAGUCCCAAGGCUUGCAAUGUGAUUCUGAAUCCAGUUUACAAUGUAGAUUGCAAUGACAGUAAGAUGAUGGGCAUCUGGAAAAGUGGGAUGCUGAAAUAUAUUGAUGACUGGAUGCACAGCUGUUUCGUAACAAAUGCAGGCAGCUUUGGACUUUAUACUAUCCUAAUCAGAUGUUUGAACAAAUUUAAAUUUUUAAAACAAAAGGGCUUUACAAAAAUUAAAGGAGUUAUAUUUAUAAGUAAUUAUUAAACAGACAACUACUGAGACAAAACAGACUGUCAUGUCCUUACUGUCAUGUUCACAAUGUCAUAUGCUCUGGAAUGUUCUUUUCCUUUGGAAUAUUUCCACUUAACAUUAUCCAUAUUAAACAAGUCAUGAGGGUGACCUGUCUGCAUGUUGGCUGACUGCAUAGGGAGGGAGAGUGGCCAUGAGCUUGCUGGCCUCAAUCCCACAAAAUCACUGAGUCAUCUGCAAGGUACAAACUCAUGGAGGAAGUUUUCAUGCACAUCCUUCCUCCUUGUACUCAGCAGUUAGAAAGGCUGUGUUGCUGAUCUUGGGGAAGGGUUACACGUUCUCAUGCAGUCAGCUUGGCUACUGUAUGUUGAAGGUUUUCAAAGCCAGAAUCAACUGGCUAUUGUGGAUUUUCUUCGCUGUGUGGUCAUGGUCAAAUAACAUUGCUCUUUACAUUCCACCCACAUCUAAGGCUGGCAUCUUCAGAGCAAUAUUAUGACAAGAGGUCAUGUGCCAGAAUGUCAUGUGAGUUGACCUCUUUGUGCUAGUCACAGUUGACAAAGCUAUUGUUUAGAAGUUGGAGGGGGCAGCACUUUUGUACCCACUCUCUUUCCUCACAAGACACAAAUGAGUUGCUGCACAGGGCUUCUGAGAUCUAGUAGAAGCCUGAUUUCUAAUAGGUGGUAGUGUGUGUCAAGGAGUUUUUGGUGGCACCUACACUGUGACAAUGCAGUAUGAGAAGCAUAUUUGGCAUCUUCUUUGGCAGCUUUAGAAUGACAGUUCAUACUUUUAUUUUACCAAACUACAGAAUAUUAAUAUUUAUCAGUUUGUAUUUUUUAAAAUUUUCAUUGUAAUUUGUUUUUGUCAAUGUCUCAAUGUUGUUUGUAAAAUAUACCUUAAGGUAUAUACCUUAAGGGGAUGCCAUAUUGAAAGGCAAAGUAUUAAAUUUUUAAAUAAAGUACCAAUAAACUAUUA